GUCGAGUGUGGUCGUUCAGACAGCCCUGGCUGCGCUGUUUUCAUUCAGUUUACUAUCUAAUGUUACUAUUACUGUCACUACCACAGCAAACGAUUCAUUCGACAUUAGAAAUAAAGUGUCAUAUAGAAAAUUAACCUUAGCUUUGUUGGAAUUACUGGUAUGGAAUUCGUUUUAAAAACGUACUUAAUUGUCAGACGGGACCUUGUUUUGAGAUCCGCGAUUUCUGCCUGACCAAUGAUCACCCUAUGUUGGUUAAGUGAUUAGGGGUUCGUUUAGUUUGUUCUUCACUAUGAUCAAGCCGUGUUGGUUAAGUGAUUAAAGGGAGGGGACAUAUUAAGAAAAAAACACAUGUUCUGUGAUUUGGGUUAGGUGUUGUUUUGGGUCUCUUGUGCUGCCACACGCAUACAAACUAUGAAAUAAGGCCCUACUUGUUUUUCUUGACUGAGAAAUGCAUUUCUGAAAGUACCCCACUUGCAGUUUUCAGAUGAGCGAGUCAAUUUAGUCGACUCUUCUGACGUAGGAAUAAGGCACAUUUGAAUAUUACCACCCACCGCCCCAUCCGCGCUUAAAUAAUAUACGUCCUUUCGUGAUUGGAAGUUUGGAAUUCAUCAUGUCGAGGCGCCACGCGAGGUGUUCUGUUGUUGGCUGUAAAGAUGACCACAAAUCACUCCAUCGCGUCCCAGCCGCCGAGGACAGAAGAGCGGCGUGGAUUGAUUUCAUUUUUGAGGGCCAAGUCCCAACCACAGUUGGCAAAAAUCUGUUGGUCUGUGCUCGCCACUUCAAGACUGACUGUUUCUCCAACCUCGGUCAAUACACGGCAGAAUUAGCUGGGAAACUUUUUCUUAACGAGGGGGCACUUCCAACUUUGCGUGGAGUACCUGCAGACGAGAGAAAUGCCAUUGCAUCAGUACAGUUACCUGCUACAAGGGAUAUAGGCUGCCAGACUGAGCCACCACAGAGACGCAGUGUUGGUACACAACUCUCUUUGAAGACUCUUCAUUCACAUUACAGAAGCGCAGCUGUCCAGGCUACUGUGUCCUGCAAGAACUUUGGCACAUCAACUGGUCCCUUCACACACUCACUGCCUUUACAAAGCUUGAGAUCUAUAAAGCCGCCAUUUAAGAGACCUCGUCUGGAGCAGGAGGAGUUUGAGGAGGAGGAGGAUUCUCUCGAGGGCUGCUCAAUACUGGCUUCUCAAGGGCUGGAAGCAACCUAUGACUCUGAAGACUCGGUUACCGCUUUGACAGAGUCAACAGUCAUGUCAGAUGCUGAAUCCACUUCCAAACAUGAGAUAAGGAAGUACAUAGUGUACGAGACCUGUCUCAUGGAGCUGUUCGAUGUGUGUGCUGUGUGCAAGUGUGUAUGUGCUGUUAAAACCAAAAGGCUUGGGACAUUCAUAUCAGUGGAACAGCUGUGUGAGUAUUGCGAGUAUUCCCGAAUUUGGAAAAGCCAGCCUCUUCUGGAUAACACACCAGCUGGGAAUUUACAGCUUUCUGCAGCAGUGUACAUCAGUGGAGCCUCUUUCUUCAAACUUCAAAGGGUGUUUAAGGCAAUGCAUCUGCAGAUUUUUCUCUCCGACACCUUUCGUCGGCAUGCUAGAAUGUUUAUAGAGCCAGCUAUUGUCCACAAAUGGAAAAAUUCCCAGGAAUUGAUGCUGCAGCAGCUCGGCGAAGAAAGUAAAGUAAUACUUGGUGGUGACAUGAGGGCUGAUUCUCCAGGGCACUGUGCAAAAUUUGGGAUCUACACCAUGAUGGCCCUCAACACCAAUACUGUUGUCGAUCUCCAGUUGGUUCAGAGCAAUGAGGUUGGAGGUAGCUCCCAUAUGGAGCUGGAAGGCCUGAAGAGGAGCCUGGAAUUGUUCAGUGCACGUGGGGUAACCCUUGAUUGCAUCGUCACCGACAGUCAUCCACAAAUUCAAAGAUUUCUGAGGGAGAACAACAUCACUCAAUUCUAUGACGUCUGGCACAUGGAGAAAGGAAUUUCAAAGCAACUACAUAAAAUUAGCAAAACAAAGGACUGCCAAAAAGUAAAGAAGUGGAUGCGAGCCAUUAGAAACCACGUCCAUUGGACUGCAGAAUCGUCAAAAAACGGGCCGGAAAGAUUGGCAAAAUGGACCUCCCUCCUAAACCAUGUUCAGGAUAUUCAUACUCAUGAUGACCCCCUCUUCCCAAAAUGUCUACAUGCAAUUCGCAGCACAAGGGGCAAGAGUAAAUGGCUCUCAGCAGCCACUCCUGCAUUCUACAAGCUGGAGAAGGCGCUGACCAAAAAGACAGUCCUAAGGGACAUUGCAAAGCUCAGUCCCCACCACCAGACCUCCUCUUUGGAUGCAUUCCACGCUUUGAUCCUGCAGUUCGCUCCUAAAAACGUGAUCUAUCCAUAUCUAGGAAUACUUUGCAGACACUACCUGGCUGCACUGCAUUACAACGAGAAUGCUGAUAGAGGACAAGCCACCACGUCGUCAUGGGAUCCUAUUUACAGACUGAGCUUUCCAAAGACCAGGAAGGGAGAGUGCAGAGCCAAACCAGUGACGACUGAGGCGACAUUCCGGUAUGUUGAUGAUUUGAUGGACAUGAUCAUGGAGAACGUCUUUGUUGACCCAUCAUCGUACAGAGCUGAGAUUCUGAAGAUGAACAUCCCGCCGGACCUGUCUUCAGAAUAUGAGCAUCGAGACGAGGAGGAGGCUAAAUUCCUGUAGCGACUGAGAAAAUUGUUCUUGAAACAGGUUCUACACUGUGUCCACAUUUUUCUAAUUGGAUUAAGUGAAUCCUUCGCUAUACUGUAUUUACAAAUGUUAUGUAUGAAUAUUCGUAUUUACAAAUAUUCAUGACUGCGAUCAAUAAAUGUUUAUUGUAUCUGUAAAAUGUUUCAUGUGAAUUGAUGCGUAAUAUGCAGUAUUUGCUUAGCAAAAACUUGGCUAUGCGUUAAAAUAUCAUCUGAAUUUGUGGCAUUGACCGACUAUAUUUAGUUUAUUAUGGUGUAUGAACAGUGAAGUAGGUUAUUACAGAUAAAACUCACUGCUCUAUCCCCCGUAGCUGUAAAGGACCGUAGUCAGUUGUUGCAUGCAUUUUGCAGCGACAACACAUUUAGGCAAACCGGUUCUAAACAUGGAUGGUCUAUCAUACAUGGAGGCCUUUCAUCCAGCUGCUGCAGCCGUCUUGUAACCUAUUAUGCAUAACAUAAGGUGAGUGUCUGCAGUGGCAUGUUAUCAGAAAUGCACUGCAAACUUAAGUGUAGGAUAAGAUAGCUGCUAAUGUUACCUGUGGCACCUCCUGACAGCAUAAGUUCUAAGGCUCUGACCGCAUUGCACAAUUUCCACAUGUGCACCUAUGCAAACAAAUAAAAAUGUAUUCAUGAAUGUAUAAUGCCAAAAGAAUAAGAAACCUGGCAUACCAGUACUUGAAACCAAUAAUGGCUCCCACGUCGAAGAUUUGAAUGUGUGCUCUAGCUAGCCACAUUUUCCCAGCCUGAGGUGAAUGGCCAGUAGCGCUUGGCCUUCUCAAGUUAACAUGAACACAUCUGGUUGAUAUGGUACCUACAAACUUGCAAGACGUAACUUCACCUUUUGUGAACAAGAAGCAAAAUAUAGGCUACAAUUAAAUAGGGUUACUAUGUAUAAAGUUGCCUUAGCUUCUAGAAAUAGCUAGUAGCUCCUUAUUUAUUUUUUAUUUGCACUACCACCUUGACAAACCUUUUCCCAGAGCAUCUUAGCGUACUAUCCAUCUUAUGCUGCUCAUACCUCGUCACUUUACUUUUUUGCUGCUGUAUUCUCUACUUGACUGUAUUCACUACUCCUGCACUAUCCCGUACUAUCAUUUACUUGUAUUGAAGUCUGGUGUCGUGUUCCAAAUUAUUGUGCAAAUGAUAUUUUUCUCUGAUUUUCCUUAAUAGUCAAUGAGAUGACCGUCAGUAUAAUUUUCAAGUCAUCAACCGUUAGAGUAUAUUUCGAAUUUUAUUGAACAAACCUCCCAAUGAUAACAGUAUUUUUUUCAAAAAUAAAAAACUCAAAAUGCACCGUUCCAAAUUAUUAUGCACAACAGUUUCAAAACAUUUUAUAGGUUGUAAAGAACUGAAAAUGGUCAUUUGUUGAAUAUGCAGCAUUAGGAGGUCAUAAUUACUGAAAUCAAAAUCUAUUUCAAUAAAAAAAAACAUCUUAACAGGCCAAGUUACAUGUUAACAUAGGACCCCUUCUGUGAUAUCACCUUCACAAUUCUUGCAUCCAUUGAACUUGUGAGUUUCUGGACAGUUUCUGCUUGAAUGUCUUUGCAGGAUGUCAGAAUUACCUCCCAGAGCUCUGUUUUGAUGUGAACUGCCUCCCACCCUCAUGGAUAUUUUGCUUGAGGAUGCUCCAAAGGUUCUCAAUAGGGUUGAGGUCUGGGGAGGAUGGGGGCCACACCAUGAGUUUCUCUCCUUUUAUGCCCAUAGCAGCCAGUGACACAGAGGUAUUCUUUGCAGCAUGAGAUGGUGCAUUGUCAUGCAUGAAGAUGAUUUUGCUAUGGAAGGCAUGGUUCUUCUUUUUGUACCAUGGAAGAAAGUCAGUCAGACUCUACAUACUUUGUCGAGGUGAUUUUCACACCUUCAGGGACCCUAAAGGGGCCUACCAGCACUCUCCCCAAGAUUCCGGCCCAAAACAUGACUCCCCCACCUCCUUGUUGACAUCGCAGCCUUGUUGGGACAUGGUGGCCAUUCACCAACCAUCCACUACUCCAUCCAUCUGGACCAUCCAGGGUUGCACGGAACUCAUCAGUAAACAAGACAGUUUGAAAAUUAGUCUUCAUGUAUUUCUGGGCCCACUCGACCGUUUCUGCUUGUGAGCAUUGGUUAAGGGUGGCCGAAUAGUAGGUUUUUGCACAACUGUAAGCCUCUGGAGGAUCCUACACCUAGAGGUUCGUGGGACUCCAGAGGCACCAGCAGCUUCAAAUACCUGUUUGCUGCUUCGUAAUGGCAUUUUAGCAGCUGCAGUCUUGAUCCGAUGAAUUUGUCUGGCAGAAAUCUUCCUCAUUAUGACCUUAUCUGCAUGAACCCGUCUGUGCUCUGAAUCAGCCACAAACCUCUUCACAGUACGAUGAUCACGCUUAAGUUGUCGUGAAAUAUCUAAUGUUUUCAUACCUUGUCCAAGGCAUUGCACUAUUUGACACUUUUCGGCAGCAGAGAUAUCCUUUUUCUUUCCCAUAUUGCUUGAAACCUGUGGUCUGCUUAAUAAUGUGGAACGUCCUCUUAAGUAGUUUUCCUGUAAUUGGGCUCACCUGGCAAACUAAUUAUCACAGGUGUCUUGAGAUUGAUUUCAGUGAUCCAAAGAGCCCUGAGACACAAUACCAUCCAUGAGUUUAAUUGAAAAAUGAAAUAUGAAAUGUUUAUUUCAUUAAAAAAAAAAAAACACUCCCCUCCAAUCAGAGCAUCGCUAAGAUUUUGUGGACCAGCGGACGAGCAGCUCCGGCGGGGGGAACUCGGUGCUAGCCCUGGCGUACAAUCCCUUUCUCUGGCGCCGAGCUCACCCCGCCGGAGCUGCCGCCGAAGCUUCAGUGGAAGUCGGGAGGAGGAGACAUGGAGUAGAAAGGGAUUGUACUCUCGGAGCUGAGCUGCCGGACUGCCGCUGAGCUACCCCAGCCGGAGCUGCUCGUCCGCCGGAGCUGCCACCUGGCUUCGGCGCCAGUUCAGCUCCCGGAGACUGCGGCCGGAUGGCUUCGACGGCGGCCGGACUGGAGUCCGGCAGCUUCGGCGAGGGGAGCUCGGAGGCAGUCCGGCAGCUCAGCUCCCGGAGUACAAUCCCUUUCUUCUCCAUGUCGCGGUUCAUGGACUUCAGAGAGUCAAUGCCAAAGUUCCUUCCCCCCAAUUCUUCUCAACAAUGGCCGAGAUAUCCCCCACUACGAGUCUUUACUUGUGGAAGUACCAGAGACGUCAGACAGUCUUUAUUAUUCAUAAUAUCAUCCGAGGCGCACAUAGCUUUUGGCCGUGAUAUUAGAUAUAUAUCAUAUAAAUACACGUAUAUAAUAUUAUUAUGUUAUAUUAUAUUAUAUAGAUAUAGAGCUCCAGGAGUCAGCAAACGGCAACAAUCCCUUCUCCUCCAUGCUGUGGUUUAGUCUGACAGCUCAUUGGUCAAUGGGCAGCAGCUCAUUUGCAUCAAUGCUACAGACACCAGAAACAGCGCAUUCUGAAGGGACCGAAACAGAGGGGAAUUGCGGUUGGCAAUAUUUUUUUUCCUAAAAGUCCAGCAAACGGCUUCAAAAACAUGUUUUCUGGAACUCAAAUACUAUGUUUACUUGUUGGGAAAACACCAUAAUAUGUCUCCUUUAAACCAUACUGCACUUAUAUUGCACUAUAUGACAAUCAUGUUCAAACUGUGCCUUAACCGCUGUUUUGCACUUCUGUUUAGAUCUCAAACCAAAUUUUGUUCUCUCUGUACUUGUACUCUGCACAAUGACAAUCUGAUUCUGAAUCUUACCAUGCAUACUGAAUCACAGGGUCAGUCCCUGCACGCGUCUUUAUUUUAGAAUCUUUUAUUGUCUAUAGUAUUCAUCUGGAUAUUUUAUUAUCUUGUUUAUGAUGUAUGAGUAUGCUGUGUGUGAUGUCUUCAAGCUACUGGGACUUUGAUUUCCCCUGGGGAUCAAUAAAGUUUAAAUCUAUCUACUGCCAGCAGCUAGCACUAGUGUCUGACUUUUACCGGAAACUCAGACAAUGACAUUGAAAAGUUCCAUUAAAAAUAUAUUUUUUUUUGCCGUAGGCCUACCGUUCAGAAGCUUCCUGCUGAAUUCUCAGAUUCUCCUCCUUCAGGAUCCGAUUCAGGUUCGGACAUGUACGGUUGAACUACUGAAGCUGCCAUGUCUGCUAGUUUCACAGCUAUGAUAGUACACUCUCCCUAACCAUGGUAACAGUUUAUGUGCACGAUGGGUCCAAUGGGCAGCAGCUCAUUUGCAUUUAAAGCUACAGACACCUGAAAAAGCACACUCUGAAAGGGACUGAAACAGGGGAAUAGAGAUAGGCGAGAUUUUUCCUAAAAAAUAUUUCCAGCAAACUACUUCCAAAACAACUUUUCUGGAACUCAUUCACAGUUAACUUUUUGGGAUUUUUAUUAUAUCUAACCUUUAAGGUUUAGUUCAGGUCCUUUAGGUUUAGUUAUUCACUAUGAUCACCUGUGUUGGUCAAGUGAUUAAGGUUUAUCUAGGGUCAUUAGGCUUUAGUUAAGAAAAUUAAGGUUUAGUUCAGGUCAUUAGGGUUUAAUUAGGUCAUUACGGAUA